AUGACCGCUGACGAAACCAAGAACGCCCCCGCCUCGGCCGCCAAUGGAAGCGGCCCGGCGACCAAUGGCAGUUCGGCCAACGGCUUUGCCAAGGUACCCGUCGUCGAUAUUUCGGUUGCCUUGAAGGCAAACGACCUUGACAGCGUCCAGGGUCUUACCAAGGAUAUCUUCGCUCUCGGCUCCGAGGCGUCCAGUGGCGAUGAGCAGGCCCGCCUUGCCCUCGUCGAGAAGGCUCGAUCCCUUGUACGGGCCCUCGAGACACCCAGGGAAACAAUGAUUAAGCACUGCUGGUCACAGCCCUCUGCCUUCGCUGCCUUGACCGUCGGUGUUGAUACUGGCCUCUUCACGGCACUGGCCGAGAACGACGGAAGUCCAAAGAAGGCCCAGGACUUGGCGCAGAAGAUUGGGGUUGACCCGCCUCUCCUCUGCCGGCUUAUGCGCCAUCUUGGUGCUAUGGGUUACAUCCAAGAGGUUGACGAGGACACCUACAAGCCAACCAACUUCUCCAGCUCCCUCACCAUUCCCAUCAUUGGUGAUGGCUACCCCUGCAUCUCCGGAUGCCUUAUGGCUUCGCUGUCAAAGUUCCCAGAAUAUGCUAUGAAGAAUGGCUACAAGACACCCCAGAGCAUCUCCGAUGGUCCUUUGCAAUAUGCCUACAGCACUGAGCUCAACAUGUUUGAGCAUCUCCACGCCAACCCUCCCUAUGGCUUCCAGUUUAACCACCACAUGGGAGGUUACCGCCAGGGCCGACCCUCGUGGAUGGACGCUGGGUUCUACCCCGUCCAGGAGCGUCUCGUCGAUGGAGCCAAUACUGGACCCGAGGACGUGCUGCUUGUCGACAUUGGAGGCAACCUAGGUCAUGAUUUGGAUGAGUUCCGACGCAAGCACCCGGACGCUCCCGGCCGACUAAUCCUGCAGGAUCUGACUCCUGUGCUGUCACAGAUCAAAGAGCUGGACUCCAAGAUCGAGCGCAUGGAGUACGACUUUUACACCGAGCAGCCUAUCAAGGGCGCCCGAGCUUACUACAUGCACUCCUGUCUGCAUGACUGGCCCGAUGAGGUGGAUGUCAAGAUCCUCAACCGGAUCAAGGAAGCCAUGAAGCCCGGCUACAGCCGUCUGCUCAUCAACGAGAAUGUCAUCCCGCCGAGGCACGCCCAGUGGGAGGCUACCGGCUUGGACAUUAUGAUGCUCACGCUUCUGAGCUCUCGUGAGCGAACGGAAGGCGACUGGCGUCAUCUCCUCGAGACCAUGGCUGGGUUGAAGAUUACCAAGAUCUACACCACAGCCAACGGUGUCGAGAGUAUUAUCGAGUGCGAAUUGGCCGAGUAA